AUGCACUUGUUAGUCCUCCUUCCAACAUUGGCUCUGCCCCUGAUAUCUGCGGCAUCUGAGCCUUUCGAGUCUAUUAGUAGUGAUUCUUCGCAUCGAUGGCUACGACAACGUCGCCUUGGGGAGGACUUGAAUGAUACCGGGACUACCGGAACCGGUACGAGCUGGAACGGGACUUCCUUUGGCUUGUCGGAUCAACGAGACCUGAUUAUCAACGAAAAGCCUGCCGUCGAAAAAGAGAAUGAAAUUUUCAAUCCGCUGACGCUUCUUGAAAUUUCCGGUCAUCGAGUCAAUGCCACUGAAUACCCCUUCUUUGCCCACUGGAGCAAGGCGUACUGCGGAGCUUCCUUGGUUGCGCCUGAUAUACUCUUGACGGCGGCGCACUGUGGCUCCAGGGAUAAUCCACUCGAAGAUAAGAUUGUGCGAAUGAUCUCCAGCAAUCGAUUGGACGGCGGGAUUCGGAGGGUCGUCGUUCACCAAGAGACACAUCCAGACUACAAUCACGAAUUGCACGUGUGGGACUUUCAGCUGCUCAAACUGGAAAAGUCGGCCCUGGUAACGCGAGAUGGCAACAGACUCACGGGAGCCAAGGUUGUCCCCUUGAAUGAAGAUUACUAUUAUCCGCCCGUAGGUACCGACCUCACGGCCCUCGGAUUUGGAACUACAACACCCGAUGGAUCCACCGGGCCGUCCAAUUUCCUCAUGGAUGUUCAGUUCAAACGUUUCCCGAAUCAUCGAUGUGAACUCCAGUACGGGCCCAAGCGAAUCCCGAGCGAGAACAUGCUUUGUAUGGGAGAAGAAGGUGGAGGCAAAGAUGUCUGCCAAGGUGACUCAGGAGGACCCAUUGUCGAUGAACAUGGUAUGCAAGUCGCCGUUGUGUCUUGGGGACAUGGUUGCGGAGAGGCGUCAUACUUUGGAGCCAACGCCCGUGUAUCAGCUGCUACGGAGUGGAUUCACCGACAAAUCUGUCGUCUCAGUUCGUAUCCACCCAACACCUGCAGCAAGGGAGACAUGAUCAGUGCCAUUCAUCGUAUUCCAGUCAAAUGGGCAGCAAAGAACCUUCAGACACCAAACACUGGUACCACCACCCUCACUGUCACGGUCAAGCAUGACAAGUAUCCAAAGGAAACCGCAUGGGACUUGUUGCAUCUUGACAGCUGGGUACAGCUGGAUUGGCAAUCCUACGCACUGGUCACGGAACCCUUCACAACUGUUAGCAAGUCGUAUCCCGACCUACCCGGUGGAACAUAUCAGUUUCGGAUUGGGGACAAACGCUGGGAUGGCAUGUGCUGCAAGUAUGGACAAGGGAGCAUUGCCAUUUCCGUCUCCACGCCUACCUCCAACCGAACCCUCUGGCAGCAUGAUGGCAACUUUUCGAGAUUCCUCCAGUACACCUUUGAAUUGAGCGACAACGCCACCUUGGUGUGGAAAGAAGAGACACAAACCUACACUAGCCCCAGCAUGGCGGCGACCAAACGAAACAAUAUUGUGGACGAAAACAAUCCAAUGAAGAAUGAUGUUGACUGGCCUGGGGUAUUUCCACUGCAAUCCGAGCCAAACGCAAUGUCAGUCAAUGUACGGCAUGACGAUUUCCCAAAGCAGGUCGAAUGGGCCGUUUGGUGGUACAAACCGAAACAUGAAGAAUCCAGCACCGCCCACACGAGCAAUUCCACUUCUGUCGAGGAAAAGGAGGGGCUUCGUCACCUGGGUCACAGCAACCACGAAGACGGCGACAGCGAUGGGAGCCAAACAAUGACGCAACGUAGCCAAGAUGGCGACGACGGCAAGUCCCACAGGGUCUUAUUAAUGAAAAACGAGGAAGGUGAGAAGGAGCGCAUGUUCUCACGAAGGGAGCUUGACGACACAGUACCCGGCACUUCAGCCCCAGUUUCGGCUGCACCGAUCACUGGUGCACCGGUGACGGCCUCUCCAGUGUCAUCCGCUCCAAUAUCCCAUCCGCCGGUGACCUCAGCACCAGUUUCUUCGGCCCCAAUCACUCAGCAGCCAAUCACUCAAGGCCCGAUCACUUCAUCCCCAAUCUCUUCCUCGCCCGUCACCGGGUCUCCUGUAACUGCUUUGCCGGCCUCGCCCGUUUCGGCUCCCCCAGUCUCUGCACCGCCGGUUACGGCGCCACCUGUCAGUGCUUCGCCCAUCACCGGAGCUCCCAUAACAGCACCGCCAAUCACAUCGCCACCCGUGACGGCUCCGCCUGUAACGGCACCGCCGACAGGCUCAGUCUUUCGAGAUGGCGAGAACACAGAGAGGUCAAGCAACAAAGACAAGAAGAGUGGUGCUCCACUCACAGGAGAUCAGAGAGCCAGGCGUCGAUUGGGCGAAAUGCAGCAGUCCAAAUGGUUCCAUAGAGAUGACGCAAGACUGGCAGCACUGCGUCGUGGGGGUUCUUCCAUCGUCAGCCUCCAAAGAGACGGGGAGAACCUUGAUCAACCCAGGCCAGAACAGUCAAACAAAGAAGAGGAAAAAGCCUUUCACAAUGUGGCUUUUGCAGAAGCCAAUGGCAGUCCACAGACCAGAGGGGCAAAUUCUGCACAGCCAAAACAUAGAGAACCAGACAAGGAUGAAGAGGAGACACAAAGGACUGCAAGCAGUCAAGACUCUGCCAAGAUGCAAAAUACAAAGAGGAACCCAAGGGGUGUGGAAACUAGCAGUGGAGAGCCGUUAUUCACUCUCGAACCAGACAAGGAUGAAGAGGAGACACAAAGGACUGCAAGCAGUCAAAACUCUGCCAACAAGCAAAAUACCAAGAGGAACCCAAGGGGUGUAGAAACUAGUAAUGGGGUGCCAUUAUUCAGUCUCGAAGAUGAGAUCUUUAAAGCCACACAAGGGAACAAAAAUGAAAAGUCUGGCAACCAGGAUCCAGACAAAGAUGAAGCACAGAACCCUGAAAAUGAAGGCAGUGGUGAAGGGGUGCUGUCAUUCAGCCAUGCUGGUGACCCAGAAAGGGCAAGAGCAGACAAGGAAGAGAUAUCACAAAGUAUGUCUGGGCACAGGGAUCCAGAAAAGGAUGAAACACAGAGGUCUGUACAUGUAGAGAAGAAGUCUGGAGAUGGUGGCAGUGGUGAAGAAGUGGCAAUGUCAUUCAGCCAUGCUGGUGACCCAGAGAGAGCUAGCGCAGACAAGGCAGAGACAUUAGAAAGCAAGGAAGAAGUGGAUGGGCACAGAACGAGGGAAGAGGCAGAAGAACAGAGAUCUGAAGAUGGUGGCAGUGGUGAAGGGGUUUUAUCGUUCAGCCAUGCAGGUGAUCCAGAAAGGGCAAGAGCAGACAAUGAAGAGACAUCAGAAAAUACGCUGGGGCUCAAGGAUCCAGACAAGGACAAACUGCAGAAGGCUAGCAAAUCUCUGGACGAGGAGAGAGAUGGUGAGAGCAUUGAGUCAGAACUUGAAAAGUCCUUCUCAUUUGGGGAUUUUCUAUUUGGUAGCAACCAAGAGGAAGGGCUUCUAGCAGAUGAUGAGCAAGGUUCCCCUGCUAAUGGGUCCAGUCCUGAUGUUUUUGCCACUGCUGAAAAUGUGAAGACUGGCAAUGCUAGCGUAGCAGAAUCCAGUCUUCAACCUGCUCAUAUUCCUCCCAAAUUGGGAAAUUCAACAGGGCUGGAUCCCUCGAAGCACAAAUGGACAAAACUUUGGGAGUCAGGGAAGAAAAGUGGCCUCUCCAACACUCUUGAAACUCGCAUCUUUUAUCAUCUGAAGCCUGGCCUCUAUGCUUUUAUUUUGCGUGAUAGUAAGGGAGAUGGAAUUUGCUGUGCUCAUCGAUUUGGAUGGCUGACAAUAUUGGGAAACCAAACUAUAGCGUGGAGUAACAAUGGUGAAUUCAAAGAAAAGGUGCAGGUCAUUGUGGAACUACGCAAGGAUGGAACGUUCAAAGUCAUUGAAACUACCAUUGACGGGAAGGAUGCUAGUGGAAUCCUACAGCCACAUCUCUAUCCCCCAAUGGUUUACACCAACACAACAAAUGUCACCAUUGUUCCUGCUGAGGAUGAAGUAUUUGUCGCUGCACACCAUAAUGAGACUCGGCGCUAG